GGUCUCGGGCCCCCAGGCGGAGCGGCGGGCGCCGGACCCCCAGGCGGAGCGACAGGUCUCGGGCCCCCAGGCGGGGCGGCGGGCGCCGGACCCCCAGGCGGAGCGACAGGUCUCGGGCCCCCAGGCGGGGGCGGCGGGCGCCAGACCUCAGGCGGAGCGACAGGUCUCGGGCCCCCAGGCGGGGCGGCGGGCGCUGGACCCCCAGGCGGAGCGACAGGUCACGGGCCCCCAGGCGGGGGGGCGGGCGCCGGACCCCCAGGCAGAGCGACAGGUCUCGGGCCCCCAGGCGGAGCGGCGGGCGCCGGACCCCCAGGCGGAGCGACAGGUCUCGGGCCCCCAGGCGGAGCAGCGGGCGCCGGACCUACAGGCGGAGCGACAGGCACUGGGUCACCAGGCACGACAGUGGGCUCCGAGUCAACUGGCAUGACUGCUGGCACUGGGCAUCAGGUCACUUGGCUCGACAGCGGGCAACGCAUCAUCUGGCAAGGCAGUGGGCUCCGAGUCAACUGGCAUGACCGCGGGCACUGGGUCAGACAUUGGAUCGUCUGGCUGGACAGCGGGCAUCGGGUCACCAGGCAUCAGGUCAUUUGGCUCAACUGCGGGCACCGCGUCAUCUGGCAAGACAGUGGGCACCAAGUCACCAGG